UUCUUCCAAUAGCGACUAACUGCCAAACAAGGUGGAAGUCUCUCAGAGACCGCUUCGUCCGGGAGACAGGCUUACAGAAGAAGAAGUCAGGAUCUGGUGCCGAAGAUGGAGCCACAUGGCAAUAUUUGGAAGCCAUGGAUUUUAUGCGAGACUUCGUUGCUCCUCGAAAAACAUUUUCCAAUCUGGAUUUUACUUCACAGGAGGAGGAAAUAAACGGCAUCAGCCCGUGCAACGUGACCGAAACCUCUUAUUAUGAGGAGUAUGAAGUAAGCUCUCCUCUUCCUUCUGUUCCGGCAAACGACACGGAGCAGUCCAACAGCGCAAAAAAAAAUAAACGGCGUCGUGUAGAAGACGAGGCGAACGAGAGGUUCGGAUCACUAUGCGUGGCGGUCAAUGAAUUUGUUGGCUCCAAAUCCGAAAGCUUUAAUAAUUGCCGCAAUUAUAGUUGAAAACAUAGUUGAGUAUCACAACUUUGAUUGGGCCUGCUCCGGAUGUUUCAAUACAUAGCUGUCCAGAACUUUAUAAAACUCAAA